GGGAAGAACGUUAUGCGGCACAUGUGCCAAGAGGCUUGGUAUCGGCCGGGAAGGAAACGGUCUUGGCUUUUCGGGUGUUUGGUUCUCGUGCGUGCUGAUCACGUUGCAUUGACAGCUUGGCAAAUGGCACAAGCUCUCACCUCUCUCGGAAGGUGUGUGAAACACGGCGGGAGUCGUCGAAGAACGAGAUGAUUAGAAAGAAGAAUGCGGGAACGAAGCAAAACAGAACAGACCAAACUAUCGGAAUCGAAGCGAACGAUCAACGAAGCGAGAAACAUGGCCUUGGCCCUUUUUGCCAAGGCGAUCUGAGAUAACUUGGUCCCCUUGGCGCCCUUGGCCUCCUUCACCGUUGGAUCAUCACUUGCAUCCCUUAUUUCUUGGGACCGGCCAACCGGAUCUCGGAUGGAUGAUACGCGUUACAUACAUACUGCGGCACCUUGGACGGAAUUCCAAGGCGGUCGAGACCUCGACAGACAGUCGAGGAAUAAUUUGGGAUUACCCGGGAGGCCGACGGUGAUACUUGCACCAUACAAGUAUCUAUCACACCGUCAACGCUCUUUGAUGGCUUGGGGCAGUGCCUUUCUUGCCAAGACGUUGCCGAGACCGCGGCUGAAAUUCCGAUAGGGUGUUUGUUGACAGGUCACUACUGUCGUGAGAGGUCACAAGUUUCGGUCGGUCGAAAGGUCGAGAGGUCACUGGACUUGCUGCAGUCAAUUGUGUGCGACCUGGCACUCACAUGAUGGGUUUGGUUUAUUCUGGGGAUUUCAUUUUCCUUCCCCCCUUGUGCUAUUACUGUUUUUGUUUGCGUUUCCGUUUUCAGUGCGUAUGUUUGUCUAGCUUUGCAUCUUCUCACUAUCAUAUCAUACCAUCACAAGGGCUUACAGGAUUUCUAGGUAGCGCAGGUGUUGGGCUGGGUUAUGUCUCUGGCAUGUUGUAUAAUUGGAUUGGAUAUAUCGCGCGGGUUUCUUUUUUUCCUUUGCUUGGCCUAUCGACAUCAUCACAGUUUGUUUUGUUGCUUUUUGCUUUCGCAACACUUUUGGGGGAUAAAAGGAUGAAGAGGUUUUCUCGCUAUGUUCUGAUUUGGACAUGGGAACCGGACGAUACAUGGUUUCUGGACAUCUGUGGACGAAUGAAUACCCUACUCUUCUUAUUGUACUGUUUUUGUAAUCCACGCUUACAGCUUAUAUUGAUCUCAUUUCCGAUCUGGACCUCAUUGAUAGUCGCAUGGGGUGACUGCAUAUAUGAACCAUGCUUCAGUUGA